UUUCCUGGGGAGCCCGGCGGGGCGCGGAGCAGCUCUGCUGGGAGAUCAGCCGCCGGGGUCACCUUCGAAGCCCAACUGAGGCUUCGGCAUGGCAGCGGCAGCCCAAGCCGCUCUGCACCCGCCACUGCAGGAUGGGCCUUGCCUCCAGGCUGGCUCCUGCACUGAAGUCUUUGCCUACACAAUAGAGGACUUUGUCCAACAUGGAGUUGAGUGGAAGGGGAGCAGCCCUAGGGGGCAAAGCAGCAACAGCCCAUCUCCUUUUGACAGGAUUCUGCAGCAGGGCUGGAAAGACAGACAGGAGCAGGGGCUUUUCCGCUAUCACCUGGGGGACCUGCAGACACGGAUCCUGCCUGGGAAAGCAGGCUUUGUGGCCCAACUGAACAUCCGGAGAGGCUCAGACAGAAGGCCGCCCCAAGAGAUCCAAAGUGUCCAACAGAGAUUUGACCGCCAGCAGUUCAAUUUCACCCAGAUCAGACCAGCCGAGAUCCUUUUUGCCCUGGCCAGGUGCUGUCCUGCCCCUGGCUCCCACCCUGCCUCUGUCUUGGUAGUGAUUAACGUCAGCCCCCUAGAGUUCGGUCACGUCCUUCUCCUCCCUGAGCCGGCACUCUGCUUGCCCCAGGUCCUCACACCUGAGGUCCUCCACUUCGGCCUGGAUGCUGUCCUCCUCAGUGCCCACCCUGGCUUCCGCAUUGGCUUCAACAGCCUUGGAGCUUUUGCCUCUGUAAAUCAUUUGCACCUACAUGGUUUUUACCUGAACUGGGAGCUGCUGGUGGAAUCAGCCCCCUGCAAGCCCCUUCUGCCCGAGGCAAGCCUCUACCUCCUGCAGGGGGUCCCGGCCCCGGGCUUCAUGUUCUACAGUGAAGGGCAGCAGCUGGAGGAGCUGGCACACAAGAUCUGUAGGCUUACCAGCUACCUGGUUCAAGAGGAGAUUGCACACAAUCUCUUUGCCACUCGCGGUGCCGCACCAGAGGGGCCUGUGGGUUCAGGCGCUCGGCCCGGACUCCGGGUCAUUCUCUGGCCGAGGAGACCCUGCUUUGGUGCCAAAGAACAGUCGGCCUUCAAUGUGGCCCUCUGUGAGCUAGCUGGCCACUUGCCUGUCAAAACUGCCCAGGAUUUCAAGGGUCUCACAGAGACAGCAGCUAUCCGUAUCAUUGAGAAGCAUCUCCUGCCAGAGCCUCAGUUUACACAGUUGCAAUGUGAACUCGUGGCCCUCCUCAAGGAGUGACUCCUGGCAGUCGUCGACCUAUUCCAGUGCAACAUUGCUGGUCAUUAAAUCACAAAAAUUGAGCAUGAAUCAGUGUUCCAGGAGACCAUCGCUGCCAUAGGUGGGGGGGAAAGAGCCUUCUUUUCUGUACUAUAGUUGGUCCUGUAUGGGAUGCUUAGAAGGGAGGGCUGAGGGUAGAGCAGGGGCGGAGAAAACAGACAGCAAAGCUUCAUCUUUGCAGCAAGGCAAACCCUAUCCUUCUGUCAGUGCCUCCACUUCCUCAUGGUGUUACAGCCGACCCUGCUGAGGGGGUUUUGCCCUUCAGAGGGUAAUCAUGCUUGUCUGAGGCCUGGGAGGCUUGCAUGGCACCCAGAAGCGCCUGGAACUCCUGGGUGCCAUGUGAGGGGACUUCUCCCACAAAGUCCCAAUUUAGGGAGUUUCCAAGCAAGGCUCUAGCCUCUAAAUUAAA